CACAAGUUGAUAAUUCCCCCACCAGAACUCUUUAACACCAUAAAUAUACUGUUCUAUCAACUGUGUCAGAGGUACAUGAACGUUCCAAUUCCAAUCCACAUAUAUAUAAGUCCCAACUUCAGCAAUCUCACAAACACUUUUUGGUGUUAGCUUUGGCACAUGAUUGAAUCUUGAGAAGAUGUUUGAUGUAGGGGAAUUUUCUUGUACUUCUUCAGCAGCUGCUCUUAAUUCUGCAGAGUGUUUCAGUAGUGGCAGCUUCAGCAGUUUACCAUCCUCAAAGAAGAAGAAGGUUAAUAACAAGAAUACGAGGAGGUUCAGUGAUGAGCAGAUAAAAUCAUUAGAAACCAUGUUCGAGAACGAGACUAAAUUGGAACCAAGAAAGAAACUGCAGUUAGCACGAGAACUGGGAUUACAACCUCGUCAGGUUGCAAUUUGGUUUCAGAACAAGAGAGCUCGAUGGAAAUCCAAGCAACUUGAGAGGGAUUACAAUAUACUUAAGUCCAAUUUUGAUAAUCUUGCUUCUCAGUACAACUCCUUAAAGAAAGAAAACCAAUCCUUGCUUUUGCAGUUGCAAAAGCUGAAUGAUCUGAUGCAGAAAUCCCAGAGAGAAGGGGAGCAAUACUGUUCAAUUGGCUUUGAUCAGGAGUCUUAUAACAGAGACGAAAAUACUAUUAAGAAUAAGGAAAUGGAAGGGAAGCCAAGCUUGUCUUUUGACUUAUCAGAGCGUGGAGUUAAUGGUGUAAUUUCAGAUGAUGACAGUAGCAUAAAGGCUGAUUAUUUCGGCUUAGAUGAAGAAUCUGAUCAUCUACUGAAAAUGGUAGAAGCAGGGGAUAGUUCUUUAACUUCCCCUGAAAACUGGGGUACCCUAGAGGAUGAUGGUCUCUUGGACCAGCAGCCUAAUAGUUGUAAUUAUGAUCAGUGGUGGGAUUUCUGGUCUUGAGCCAUAAUUAUUUUUGCACCAUAGACAAAAAUAUACCCAUCUAAUCGUUGGCUUUGAGGGGAAGUUUAUAACAUAUAACAGAUGCCAGGGUCUGUACAUUUGAGCACCUCAACGUCCACCAAUCCGUCGUUUUUUUCACACCAUAAGUGGCUGAGUGACAUAGUUGAGUUUACCUCAGCUUAGGGUCAUAACACUGCUCAUAUAGAGAAAAAAACUGAAUGCUUUUACCAUAAUAGAGGCUUUGCUAUCAGAAGCCCUUGUCUACUGGACAAAUGUAGUCUCUCUCAAUCUUGUACUAUUAUUAGUAGUGGAUCUCGAUAGUGGUUUGAGUA